CGGAUAUAUCUGACUGAACUUUACGACUGCUGCGUUACAGGGAUGGAAUUAAUGUAGUGAAUCAGUCAGUUUCAUACGUCGUGUACAUGCAAGGAGAUAAAGCUGUUCGAAAUUGUAAAAUGUCACUUGGGUUUACAUAUUUGUAGACGGAAUAUAAGGUAGCCAUAAUCUUAGGCAAUAUAGUGGGUUGACUUAACGAAUAUUUAGUGAGUAACAAUGGGCGGUGUGACUAUAAUUUUUGGACGACCUUUUAGCAACGCUCGAGUGACCUUGGGAGUGUCCACUUGAUAACUAUGACUAAAUGAGGGUUGUAAACCAGUGUGCGGAGUUAAAAUUAUGAUUUACAAUUGAUGAUUAGGUUUAUGAAUUAGAUUUAGGGUUUUCAUAAUGAACUGACCUCAGCUAUAAUCGAAAAGCUCUAUUUAACCAAAUAGAUGACUGAAUUUUGCUCUAAAAUUUGGGGCCUGCUUUAAAUUAAAGUCUUGCCGCGGUUAAUAUGCUAUUUAAUCACUUCGCAAUAGAUUAUUUCGACAUCAAGAUGAAUUUCUCGGUGUUUCUACUUUGUUAAUGUGAAAUUACUUUCUUUGCGACAUUGGUGUCAUAAGCAUAAGGCUCUUAUGCCUGACCAACGGGAGAUAUUUGGUGUUGCCUUUCUUAAGAAAGGCAAACAAUUGUUUGCAGACAACACAAAGGUUCGGGUGAUAUUAGAUAGUAAUGCUAGUUAUCUUGGUCUCUAGGCUGGUAUAGAUGAGUAACCCUGUUUUUACUAAAGGUAUUUGGAGACCAGUCCCAAAUAGGAUGAAGCGCGCGUUUUGCGUUCCACGGUUAGCCACUGUCCAAGUUUGCUUAUAUUGCUUGUGACUGUAUGGCAACAGUGGGUAGUUUGCGAAUGAGGCACACUUGCCAAAGGAGAUUGUUUAGUUGCAGUCCUUAUCAUCAGUCGUAGGAUCCAAACAACCAAUUCAAAUGAAUUAAAAUCCGCCCCAGUGACUAACCGGACUUAGUAGCUUAGCGGAUAACGCAAUAACAGGCGGCACUAGGUUCAAGUGCUGGAAAUAACAUCAACUCUGUAAUGCAUGUAUAACCAGCUAACGAGUCCUAAAUAGGAUGCAUCGCUCGUCCUGAAUUCUGUUGCCAGCCACCUUAUAACUCUGAUGAUAACGGUCUGUGUUUCCUUAUCAAUCAUUGUCGUCAGUCGUUAAACCUUAUAUUAAUUUAAAUCGUGAAUAGCACUUUUCUGAAACUUCAUAAUGACGGUCCUGGGCGAAGAGUGGUUUGCUGUUGGAGACAUUUAUUUCAGAAAGCUUCAUCUUUACGAUAUGCCGUGGGGUAUGGGAUUUUCAAUAUCACAAUUCAAGACAUCGAUUUGUCAGUAUUCUGGUUAUAUCGGUAGGGAUAUUUUUACCAGUAGUUUAAGUUCACUUAGCAAUGUAUUUGGAUGGCCAAGCGGGAGCAAAACCUAUACUUCAAAUAUAUACAUCAUCAGGCAAACUCGUUUCCCAAAGUGUUUGGAAAGGUGCACCUGGUAUAUUGCUUGGUUGGACUUUGUCAGAGGAUUUAUUAGUUAUCCAAAAAACAGGAUUCACUACCAUAUUAGAUCAUCAGGGCAAGUUUGUUCGACGUUUUAGUAUGGGACCUGAAGCUGAAGAAAGAGAAAUAAUUAGUGCUAAGCUUUUUACCAUUGAUUAUAAUACAGGAAUAGCUGUUCUUACCGGUGGAAACCACAUAUAUGUAACUACCAGUAUCGAAACUCCACGUAUGCGACGCCUUGUAGAAUUACCUGGACCAGUAAAGUCUUUGUCACAUUGGACUAUUGUCACAACACCUCUUGAAACUGGAACACCUGAUUCUUUUCGAAGCCCAUGGGUGAUGUUUUCAAACAAAAAGAAUUUGUACCGAGCUGACUUUGGAACAGUUGAAGGUAUUGAUUUGUCAAAGCUUACUAGGUCAACUGGUUCUGAUAUUUACCUAUUGUCUAUAUCUUUGAAUAUGCAAUUUGUUGCAAUUUAUUUAACCAAUGGUGAAUUGUUAAUUACCAAUACACGAUUUACUGAAUUACAUUCACAUAUUGACUUGACCCAACGUAUAUCAGUUAUGUUGGUGAAUAAUAAUAAUUCAGCUAAUCAAAAAUUCAAUCAUCCCAAAACGAUGCUUUGGUUAACUAAUUCAGCUGUUGUGCUUCAAUGGAAUAAUUUAAUUGCUAUUAUAAGUACACAGUCAGAUAUUUAUGAAACAUUUUAUGCUGAUGAUAUAUUCUUAGCACAAGAGAUUGAUGGAAUUCGCAUUCUAUCACCUACAUCACACGAAUUAUUACAACGUGUACCAUCCCCAUUAGAAUCACUUGGACGUAUUGGAGCAUCGUGUCCAGCCACAUGGUUAUUGUCUGCAAGUAAGAGUUUAAAAAUCAAUUGUGGACGUACUAAUGAUUAUUUAUUGCCUAUUAAACAACCUAAUCAAAUGAUUGAUGCAAUAUCACAUUGUAUUGAAGCAGCAUGUCAUGCAACUGUUGAUCCUAUUUGUCAACAAGAACUACUGGAAUCUGCUCAUUUAGGUCGAGGAUUAUUAUCAGCUAUGAUGAAUACUACUCCUAAUGCUACUAUUUCUUCUACCACUGUUACUAACAAUAACAAUACAGGUCAUUAUUCAGUUGAGGCUAAAUUGAAAGAACUCGCGGAUCAUGCUGCAAAGGUUUGUCAAACUUUGCGUUUGUUGAAUAGCUUAGCUGUUCCAUGGUUAGGUAUUGCACUAACGUGGCGUCAGUUUCGUGAAUUAGCCAAACAAAUUGUUUGAACGUUUAU